AUUUCAGCCAUUGGAGAAGCAGUGCAUUUCAAAGUUUAAAAAAAAUCAGUGCUGCUUCAGUCACUGAAAAAUAAGGAAUUGUCAGUGUGUUGUAAAUUCAGUUCCAUUUCAGUCAAAUAGGAUCCAGUUCUUGUCAACGUGUUGACCACACACAUGCUGUUCCAUUUGUCAUAGAGAAAGGAGAAGAAAACCAGACAUUUCAGUCCUGUAGGCCGUGCGCAGGACAUUUUAUUUUGUGAUGCUAAGAAGAUGAUUAUCAUCUUGUCCAAAGUGCUCUUGCUGACAUGCUGUUCUUGUAUUUCUAUAUACAUUAUAUCACUAGACAUUUAAUUCUCUAUGAUGACGCUCCAGUGAUGAAGAUCCAAUGCUUGUAUGUGGGGGUGGGAGCGAUAACAGACAUGAGAAUGGGCUAAAGGGAGGGAGGAGAGCUUACAGGAUAAUAGACUUUCAGAGGGAUGCAGUGACAGCAAUGGGAGAGGACAGAAGGUAGAGGGAAGAAGGAAAUAUGGAGAGAUGAGCUCUGGAGGAAGGUCUGUCCAUUCUUGUUCUAGAUGAAUGAGAAGAGCCUAAUGUUUGUAGUGGUGCGUAAAGAUGGUGCAGAGGUGUAGGUAAUCAGGAUAGAAGAAGUGAGUGGCGAUGCUUAGUCCUGUUAAUGUAAAUAAAACAUAGGGAUGCUAACAUAACAAACCGAUCUCCCAAACCGAGACCAACCAUGAGGUGAGUUGCUUUAAAUAGACACACUUGAAGAGGAUGGCAUUAUUUUCCUACAUGUUUGCCCUUGGAGCAAAUGGUUGCUGGAUUGUGCUUUUUAUAGUACAAAACACUUUUUCCAGCCUAGGGAUUGGUUAAUUGGUGUUAUUAGUGUUCUUUGUUUUGCACUGUGUUUAGGAGAGAGUGAUUGCAUCUGUCUGUGGGCACAUGUGUUGUUAGGUUAAUUCAGCAAGGAGCUAGUGUGACCCUUCAGCGUCACUUUCAGUCAAUGUAGCCUAUGCAUUCAGAGCUGUCCUUGGACUAUGUGCAGAAUGCUGGCAGCAGUACAGGAAUGUGGACAUAGAAUAUGGAGAGAGAGGGAAGAAUUGGAAUUCAGUUUGCUUGCAUCUGCACUCAGCUGUGUGAUGAUAAUUUAUACUCCCUCUGGGGCCCCAGUAUGAAUCAGCAGCUUUGCAGCACAGAACCCCACUGAGAUGGGAAGAAUCAGAACUAUGACUGUGUCUGGAAUGGCACCCUAUUCCCUAUAAUACACUACUUUUGACCAGGGCCUUGGUCAAAAGUAGUGCACUAUAUAGGGACUAGGAUGCCAUUUGGAACUUACCCAGGGACUGCAUGGGGAACAGAGGGCAAGAAGGUUCAGUAUCUGGGGAAUUCAUUGCUACCAGUAGCUUUCUUCCUGACACACCCAGGAACUGUAGUGGGAAUGGCAAUUGUAGCCAGCAGAAACUAGCCGGCCCGUCGCUAGCUUAGCAUCACGCACUGAUGUCAUCAGUACCAUCACCCCUGCGUUGAUGAGCACUUCACCCACAGCAGAACUGCUAUACACCAAUGUAACCUGAACUCCCUCUUUCAAUGGCUUUAGUUUUUUAUCAUGCUCUCUGGUUAGGGCUGGGCAAUAUAUCGAAUUCAUUCAAAUGUAUGGUUUUGCACGGUAUUCCAAAGGCCUGUAUUGCAAGAUUCAGGUUUUUAUUUAUGAACAUGUCAGUUUGUUCUCAUGUUUUCUUUUUGGUCUCAUCUCCUCCACUCUUUCUGUGCUGUGUGCACCUUCCCAUUUACACACACACAAGCCCCUCCCCCACACAACAGGCCCCUCCCUCUGCCACUUACAAUAACAAAGAGGAGCGAUCGCUUCUUCCUGUGACAAGUGGUUUCAACUCGCUAUUUGCAUUUGAGGUUUGGUCCAACAGAAUGGACACCGAAACACAUGGAGACAUUAUUUGACUGCCCCUCACUGCGAGCAUGCCUUCUGCAAUGCCUGCAUCACCCAGUGGUUCUCCCAGCAGCAGAUAUGCCCCGUGGACCGCAGCGUGGUGACGCUGGCCCACCUGCGCCCUGUGCCCCGCAUCAUGCGCAACAUGCUGUCCAAGCUGCAGAUCACCUGCGACAAUGCCGGCUUCGGCUGCACCGCCGUGCUGCGCCUCGACCAGCUGCAGUCGCACCUCAGGGACUGCCAGCACAAUCCCAAGAGGCCCUUCCAGUGCGAGCAGGGCUGCGGACUGGAGAUGCCUAAAGACGAGGUGUCCAGCCACAACUGCAUCAAACACCUGCGCAGCGUGGUGCAGCAACAGCAGGGCAAGGUCACCGACCUGGACAAGACUGCUGCUGAACACAAGCACCAGCUAGCAGAGCAGAAACGGGACAUCCAGCUGUUGAAGGCGUACAUGAGAGCCAUCCGCAGUGCCAACCCCAACCUGCAGAACCUCGAGGAGACCAUUGAGUACAAUGAGAUCCUGGAGUGGGUCAACUCCCUUCAGCCAGCGCGCGUCACCCGCUGGGGCGGCAUGAUCUCAACACCGGACGCUGUCCUCCAGGCAGUCAUCAAACGCUCGCUCAUCGACAGCGGCUGCCCGCCGUCUAUCGUCAACGACCUGAUCGAGAACGCCCACGAGAGGAACUGGCCCGCCGGCCUGGCCACGCUGGAGACACGGCAGAUGAACCGGCGGUACUAUGAGAAUUACGUGGCCAAGCGUAUCCCGGGGAAACAGGCAGUGGUGGUGAUGGCCUGUGAGAACCAGCAUAUGGGUGAGGACAUGAUCCUGGAGCCAGGCCUGGUCAUGAUCUUCGCCCACGGGGUGGAGGAGAUACUAUGACCCGGCUGAGGGUGGUGGAGAGCAGAGAGGAGACUUCUGACUGACCUGAACUUAGUAGAGGAGGGAGCAGGGAAUGCUCUAACACUACGGUUGCAUCCCAAAUGGUACCCUGUUCCCUAUGGGCCCUGGUCAAAAGUAGUGCACUAUAAAGGGAAUAGGGUGCCUAUAAGAUAGUAUGAGGAGGGGAAGAGCCUAUGACGAGGAGGGGAAGAGCCUAUGACGAGGAGGGGAAGAGCCUAUGACGAGGAGGGGAAGAGCCUAUGACGAGGAGGGGAAGAGCCUAUGACGAGGAGGGGAAGAGCCUAUGACGAGGAGGGGAAGAGCCUAUGACGAGGAGGGGAAGAGCCUAUGACGAGGAGGGGAAGAGCCUAUGACGAGGAGGGGAAGAGCCUAUGACGAGGAGGGGAAGAGCCUAUGACGAGGAGGGGAAGAGCCUAUGACGAGGAGGGGAAGAGCCUAUGACGAGGAGGGGAAGAGCCUAUGACGAGGAGGGGAAGAGCCUAUGACAAAGCAGGGAUGAGGGAGAUAUGACACCAGCACCAGUAGACGGGUAUAGGGCAGGAAGUUGGCAACAGGCGGCCCGCGAGCCAAAACCAGCCCGCAAGUGUUUUUUUUUAUUAUUCUUUUUUUUUGUCCCCUAAAGCUUUUAGCAAUUUUGGGGGAUUUUAGUUUUUUUGGUCCAAAAAAUACUGAAAUCACUAGGAAUUCAGCUAAAAAUCUGUUGAAUUUAGGAGAUCUGUUCAAGUACUCCCACUAAUAAAAUAAGAGAGCUGUGAUCGUGUCUCAAUGUACAGUCGUGGCCAAAAGUUUUGAGAAUGACACAAAUAUUAAUUUCCACAAAGUUUGCUGCUUCAGUGUCUUUAAUUAUUUUUGUCAGAUGUUACUAUUGAAUACUGAAGUAUAAUUACAAGCAUUUCAUAAGUGUCAAAGGCUUUUAUUGACAAUUACAUGAAGUUGAUGCAAAGAGUCAAUAUUUGCAGUGUUGACCCUUCUUUUUCAAGA